UUUACAGUGAGUGUCACUGACAGAGGAGAGUUGGGAGAGCUCGCAGUCUGAGCUGGUGCUAGUCCUGACAGCAGCAACAAUGCAGUCAGAAUCGGGAAUUGUGGCUGAUUUCGAUGUAGGAGAAGAAUUUCAUGAAGAACCCAAAACGUACUACGAGCUAAAAAGUCAGCCUUUAAAAUACAGUGAAUCAUACGUCUUUCAUCACCAAAAUGACAUCACAAGUAGCAGCUCAACAGAGCAUCCAGGAGUGUCCAAGCCUCCGUUAAGCUCCUCCAAUAUGACAUCACGGAUUUUGCUACGGCAGCAGCUCAUGCGUGAGCAGAUGCAACAACAGGAGCGUCGGGAACAGCAACAGAAACAGCAAGCAUCUCAGUUCAUGCAACACAGAACUCCUGUCAACCAUACACCAGCCAUUAACGUCAGUGUCUCCAGCAGCCUGCCCGCUGCCUCACAGGUGCCAAUGGAAGUUCUCAAGGUGCAGACUCACCUUGAAAAUCCUACCAAGUACCACAUUCAACAGGCUCAAAAACAGCAGGUAAAGCAAUACCUGACUACAGCCAAACACCCUGGUCAAGCUUUAAGCUUGCCUUGUCCAAAUCAGCCUUGUGAUCACAUCAUGCCCCCUGGACCAGGAAGCAGUGCUCCCAACAGCCCAAUGGCUAUGCUGACACUUAGCUCAACCUGUGAGAAAGAGAUGGAUGAUGUUAUCGAUGACAUAAUAAGUUUGGAAUCCAGCUAUAAUGAAGACAUGCUUCUAAUGGAUCCUGCUAUGCACAUGGCAAACACGAUUUAUCAAACCGGAUCUGUCAUCCAUGAUAUGCCUGGGUCUGGUAAUUUUGACAUUUAUGGAAACCAAGGUAUGCCUCCUUCGGGUUUAAACAUCAGUAAUUCUUGCCCUGCUAAUCUUCCCAAUAUCAAAAGGGAGCUUACAGAAUCUGAAGCAAGAGCACUGGCCAAGGAGAGGCAAAAGAAAGACAAUCAUAAUCUAAUUGAACGAAGGAGGAGAUUUAACAUCAAUGAUCGAAUUAAAGAAUUAGGUACUUUAAUACCUAAAUCUAAUGACCCGUCUUACAAUGCGAGUUCUAGAUGCCCUAGCGAAGUGGAACCUGGCACUAGUAGAGUCUGGGACAUGCGAUGGAACAAGGGAACCAUUUUAAAAGCUUCGGUGGAUUACAUUCGCAAACUGCAGAGAGAGCAACAGCGCUCAAAGGAACUGGAAAACAAACAGAAGAAACUAGAACAUGCCAACCGACACCUACUACUCAGAAUACAGGAGCUGGAGAUGCAAGCCCGAGCUCAUGGACUUUCAAUAAUCCCUGCAUCGGGCCUCUGUUCUUCUGACCUGGUCAACCGAGUAAUUAAACAGGAGCCAAUGCUUGAUAGCUGCAACCAAGACGUUAUGCAAAACCACCAUGAUCUUUCUGGUACAACGACCCUGGAUCUUACAGAUGGCACUAUCACUUUCAGUAACAACCUGAGAAACAUGACUGAUUCACCAAACGCGUACAGUAUCGGCCCCAAAAUGGGUUCCAAACUGGAAGAUAUUUUUAUGGACGACACUCUGUCACCAAGAGUAGGUGACCAGCUUCAUUCUGUUUCUCCUGGGGCUUCUAAGACGAACAGCCGGAGGAGCAGCAUUAGCAUGGAGGAGACCGAUCAUAACUGUUAGCGAUGGCUCUAGCACGUAGCCUUGUGAACUUCAAUAAUCUAGAUUGUUUUUAAGGAGUAGAUAAUGUUUAUCCUAGAUUUAUGGAUAUCUUUAUUUUCAUAGAAACCUCGCUGUGUCCCAUUCUUAGGCCAGCACUUAAUAAUGUUUUUUUUUUUGUUUGUUUUUUAACUUCUUUUAUUUCCUGUUUGAUUCUUUCAUUUUAUUUUAAAUUUUUUGUUUUUGUAAACAUUUUGUAAAGAAAACUUGAUCAUAUUAAUACUUGCUUUGCCUUUAAAGUAUUGUGUAAAUGAAAUACAACCUUUUACAUUCUCGGACUGAAAAAAACGAAUGUCAAAACCAUAAUCCAAACUAUUUUGACUCAUUGAGUGUACACAUCAGCACCUUGCAGUGUGCUCGUGAUCUUUUGGCAUUCCGAGAGUGAACGCAAUAACCGUCUCAUAGAUCCAGGAAGUUUUGGUAUUACUUGUAAUAGUUUUUAAAGCUAUAUCUGCAGUGCACCAUCUAUCAAAAAAGGUAUAUGCAUAUGAAUGUGAAAAACCAAACUGAUAUUUGCAAAUGUGUCUUGUGUUACACCUCUGGCACUGGUUGGUGUUACGUUUAGGCAGAAAUAAUGUUGUUGUUUUUUUUUUUUUUGUUCCCUCCCUCCCCUGCAAUGCAUAUUUGCAUUUUAAGCAUGACAUUAUACAAACAUACAACACUGUAGAAUCAUAAAUACUGUAUACAUUUAAGUGUUGCUAUAGUUCAGUCCAGAAUAUUUUUCAAAAGAUCGAACAGGUACACAAUGUAGUAAACUAUGGAAGCAGGUAAAUGUAUGCAUUUCUGCUCUUGUAUUUAUCCGGCUCUAAAAAUGUGGCUCCUAUGAGGCUCAUGAAAAAUGCCUAGACAAGCAAGAGCUAACUAAACUUGGUGUCCCAGCCAGGUGUUGGUUUACCAUUUUUUUUUCAGCGCACUUAUUAAUUCUUCAUUCUCUUAGACAAGGUUUGAAAGUGCAUAUGCAAGUCAUAUGCACACAAUGGUAAAUGAAUUAUUCCUGACUGUUCUUUUAGGAUAUCAGCUAUGAUUACUCAACUGAUUUUGCACUGGGUGCAUACAAACUCCACAUACUGCCUACUCCCCUUAUGAUUGACAGCGUUAUCCACUAAAGACUUCAUUGUCAAGAAUUCAAAGUUGAAUUUCAAAUUUGAAGCCAAAAUAGCCAAACUAGAAGUCAGCUAUGUUUCUAGUUCAGCUACGUUGCCCUUAAUUUUUAAAUCUACUUUGAAUUAUUUUUGAAUUCACGCUAAUUCUCACUUUAAUGAUUAACCCUGUCAGAAUGACGUUUCUAUUGAUGCUUGCUGGCAGUGCUUCAUAGGAAAUUUAUUUCACAAUGACAAACAUCUGGGAUGUGAAGUUUAGCCGUGAAUUAUCUUAAAAAAAAAAAUCCGACAGAGGAAUUAAAUAAAAUAAAAAUCCUUGAAUAUAAGUAAAACUAUAUAUAAAUGUAGGGCUUAUUCAUUAAACAGCAAAUUGUGGUGAAUUAAAAAAACUAAUUGCACCUUUUGACAAAAAAUAUCUGAGCUGACUUUAGUAGUCAGACGUAGAAUUUUUCUAAACUUGCUAUUUUGGCCUAAAUGUUUCAAUAUUUAAAAUGUACUGUUUAGUGAAGAAGCCCCUAAGUGUUCCUGUAUUUCUUGAUAUUAUUCAAUUGAUACAUUUCAGCCUUGCACCAAUUUUUCAACUUUUUUAUCCUGUAUCCUAUCAGACUGGAGAUUGUUUCUAAAAUAUGCAUUGGUGAUGAGACACAACAAAUGCCAAAUUGUUAAUCUUGAUUUCGGGUAGGUAGAAAGGUAAACAGAAUGUUACAGUCUACACAAGUAAUGUGAAGGGUUCCAUAGAGUACUAUGAACAAAUAGUACUGACGUUGUGAAAGAAAGUGAGAUCUCAAUGCUUUAGAGAUCAUCAAUUCAAUGUAAUAAUGUGACUGUUUCACAAAACAAUGCAUCAAUUAAGAGUUAAUGAAGAAUGCUAGAUGCUAUGAAAAUUGCCAUUUUAUGUUUAUAUAUUUUUUUUCUAAAUUGUGUUAUAUACUGACUUUUUGAUUGUUGUGUAAUAUAUUUUUAUGGAUUGUUUUAUUAAGGCGGAUAGAAAAAAAAACAGUGAGAGAAAGGAAUCCUUUUAUAUUUUACUGUUCAAAAACAUGCAUCUUAAAAGUGCAGAAUUUUGACUUUUUAUUUGUCGAGAACCGGUUGAAUUAUUUUAUAUAUGAAGGAGCUAUGGUGAGAUCAACGUCGACUCACCGGGUAGUAUAUAUUCUUUUUGUAAAUGCUCUCCUGUUAUUAUGAGUAGAAAGAUUUGAAGAUUAGUGACUUAAAAUAUUUUUAGUAAAAUAUAUAUUUAUUUUUCAAGGCACAAAAAUAACCUUUGUGUGAAUGAGGCAUUCAGAUUACACUAGAAUUUUUUUUGUUUUUUGUUUUUUACUAUGCAGAUGUUUGUUGUUAAAAAGAAUGACUUGUUUGUUUUUGUGAAUAAAAAUAAGCCUUCUAAAAA